AUGGACUUCAAAGCAAUUGCCCAGAACAGUACUCAAGAAGUUUUAGGUUACAUUCAGGACACAACUGGCUGGAAAUUGGUGAAAACCUCAAAAAAUAUAACUGUUUACAGCAAGGCUUCUAAAAAUUUCAAUGGAAAUAUCUACCGUGUUGAGGGGAUAAUUCCACAACCAACAAGUAAACUAUCUGAAUUUCUCUACCUACCUGAAAACAGAGUUACAUGGGAUAAGUCACUCAAAAUGUACAAGACGAUACACAGGAUUGAUUCGGACACGUACGUAUGUCACACCAUUACACAAAGCUUUGCCAUGGGCUCCAUUUCCCCCAGAGACUUCGUUGACGUGGUCCACAUCAAGCGCUAUGAAGGCAACAGAGUGAUCAUCAGUUCCAACAGUGUGGAAUUUCCAGGCUGUCCUCCAUCUUCAGCUUAUAUCCGUGGUUACAACUAUCCUUGUGGUUAUGUCUGUACACCUCUGCGAGAGAGCCCAGCAUAUUCUAAACUAAUGAUGUUUGUCCAGACAGACAUGAAAGGAAAACUGUCUCCAUCAAUAAUUGAAGCGACUAUGCCCUCCAAUUUAAUAAGCUUCAUAAUCAACGCAAAAGAUGGGAUAAAGGCAUUUAGAUAUUCAAACAAUCACAAGAGUCUUACAUCAUUCGUAAAUAAGAAAUGA